AUGGCGAAUGGACGUGCAUUUCUUGCUCUUUGUUUCACCGUUCAUUUAAUGUUUAUUUUGAACAAAAUAUCCUUACAUAAGGAUCAAACUACUUCUGAAAACUAUAAUGGGCUCUUAUAUUUCAAAAUAAAGAGUUCACUAUCAUGUAUUGGUGCCGAUGGAAGUGGAUUAUACUGGUGCUGUAGCAGAGAUAAAAUAUUACGAAGCAGACUUGGAGUGGGCGUAAAGUACGCUUUUAAUUUGGAUUUCAAUCAAUUCCCUGAGAGUACCUUACAAACAGCUCUCCUUUUGAUCGCUGGAGAUAUCGCUAUUAACCCAGGACCAAGCUUAACCACCGAACAAGUCAGUAGCGUCGGUAUGUAUAGAAAUACACACACAUCAAGUAAACUUUCUGUUCUAUACGCGAACACCCGUAGUAUUGUAAACAAGAUCGAUAAACUGCACUUGGAGAUCACCAGUAACCAGUCAGACAUUGUGAUACUGACUGAAACGCAUUUAGACUCUACCAUAGCUGAUUCUGAAAUUUUCCCCUCAAAUUUCUCAGUACUCAGACGUGAUCGAAAUCGUCGUGGAGACGGUGUUUUGAUAGCCACCAAAAGUUCAUACAAAAUCGUACACCGGACGACAUUAAACCCAACACUCCUGAUAAUUUUUUUUUUUGCUAUUGCAAAGAACUUUAUUAAUAUAUGUCAAUUGUAUAGUUAAAAAAGAAAAUUAUCCAUAUAAAUAGUCCAUUAUAAAAGUAUCUAAAAAAUUUCUGCUGCAUUAGCAUUUACAUUAAAAUCAUCUAUGAAGUCAUUUGCGUUCUUAAAGGGCCUUCUAGAUCCCCUGACACAAAUGUUCACCGAUCUUAAAAUCUCAAAAGAUAAGCGUGUUCUAAUCCAUGAAAUGACUGCGUGGUAAGGUUCCCCGUCCCUUCGUGAAAGCUUAUCAGCAAGGUGUUUCAGAAACAUUUGGCAUUCUGUUCCCAUACCACCGUUGGUACCAAGAACCAAAGGCGUGAACGUCCCCAUUUUGACAUCUAGCACUCGCUGUUGAUAUUUUCUCUUCUUCUCGUUCUCGUGCUCUUUAAAGAUGGUAGUCGUAGGCUUGUUCUGGUUACACUUGGAGUUGACAUGCGUUAUUCUAACAUCAAAAAAUGCUGUCACUCCUCGUUGCCAGAAGCCUCCUGCCUUUAUGUCCAAUCUUGCCUCCGGACUAGUGACAGCGGUUCUGUGGCGGAAUUGUUCGUUAUCCAGCGGUUGAAGACGAGGCUCUGAUUCCACAUUCUUGCAUACCUUGCUAG